AUGGCGCCCGGCGUAGGAGGCUACCGCCAGAUCAACAAGGCGCUCAACAUUUGCGCCUUCGAAGACUAUCUCGAGGGACAGCUGAUGCGCCUUCCUCAGCUACUGGACGUGGAGCAGAUUAGCCCGCGAGUCAUCCGGGUACUUGGACAAAAUCCUGGAAAGUUCACGCUCCAAGGGACAAACACGUAUAUCGUGGGCACAGGGGCUGAGCGCCUUAUCAUUGACACCGGCCAGGGGAUCCCAGACUGGGCAGACCUGAUCUCCCAGACCCUGUCAAACGAAGGCUUCUCGCUCUCGCACGUGCUGCUCACCCACUGGCAUGGCGACCAUACGGGGGGCGUGCCGGACCUGAUCCGCCUAUACCCGCACCUCCGCACCGCCAUCUACAAGCACACGCCCAGCAAGGUCCAGCAGCCCAUCGUCGACGGCCAAAUCUUCAAGGUCGAGGGCGCCACCGUCCGCGCGGUGCAUGCCCCGGGCCACUCGCACGACCACAUGUGCUUCAUCCUCGAGGAGGAGAAUGCCAUGUUCACGGGCGACAACGUGCUGGGUCACGGCACCGCCGCCGUAGAGCACCUGCGCACCUGGAUGGAUACGCUGCGGCAGAUGCAGUCUCACGGCUGCGCCAAGGGCUACCCGGCCCACGGCGCCGUCAUCAGCGACCUCGAGGCAAAGAUCGACGGCGAGCUCGCGUCCAAGUUCCGGCGGGAGCACCAGGUCUUGCAGGCCCUGCAGUCCGCUUCCAAUAAUGCUGAAGGAGGAGGAGGCCGCGGCGGCAAGGCCAGGCUCACGGUCAAGGAGGUCGUCUCGGCCGUGUAUGGAGACAAGAUGGACGAUGGCGUGAGGCAAAUGGCGCUGGAGCCCUUCCUGCAGGAGGUCCUCUCUAAGCUGGCCGAGGAUGGCAAGGUAGGAUUCGAGAUGAAGGGCGGCGUCAAGAAGUGGUUUAUUCUCAGAUCGCCUUGA